CGGGACCGGUUUUGGAUCGCGCACCACGGUAUACCAUUCCUCAGAGGACCACGGAGGUCUGCCUUUGACUUAAGCUGGAAUCUGUAUCCUCAAAGCUUUCGUUGAAUUUCAAAUUCUUCAAUGGGACAAAAGAAAUCUCUCCUUCAAAGCGGCACCUAAUUUAAGGACAACAUAGUGAAACCCCCUCAUUUUCAAGGGAUUGCUGUUCGUCCUGACUGAGAUGGGUGUGAAGAAGAAAAGAGAAAUGCAGGUUGCUGCACUGACUGUCUGUCAUCAGGACAUGGAAACUUUGAGAUGUUUUGCUGAUGUGGAAGGGAAAAAUCUAGCCUCUUUGCUGUUACAUUGUGUACAGCUCACAGAUGGAGUGUCACAAAUCCACUCUGUUAAACAGAUUGUGCCUCUCUUGGAGAAGGUUGAUAAAAAUGGUGUGUGCGAUCCUGCUAUUCAAAGUUGUUUGGAUAUUUUAGCAGGCAUUUAUUUUUCCUUGACUCUGAAGAACCCCUUGAAGAAAGUUUUGGCAAGCUCACUCAAUGGCCUACCUGAGGUUUUUCUAACUCAGGCAACACACAGUUUUACUUUUCAUCUUCAAGAAGAAUUAGAUACUGCUGACGUAUAUUCUUAUAGAAAAGUCAUGGAUAACAUAUCUUCCUGCAUGGAGAACUUUAACCUGGGUAGAGCAAGUGUUGUUAAUCUGCUUAAAGAUGUGCUUCAUUUUCUGCAGAAGAGUUUAAUUGAAAUCCUGGAAGAAAACAGGAAGUUUGCUGGAAAUCGUAUUGUUCAAACACAGUUAAUGAGUGACUUGCUGGUAGGUGUUCGAGUUGCCAUGACAUUGGUACAGAAAGUACAAGGGCCCCAGGGCAGCCUCUGGAGUGACUCCAGCUCACCCAUCUGGCAGAGUAUGUGUGGCUUGCUGAGCAUUUUCACCAAGUUCUUAAAUGACGAUAACCUUCUGCAGACGAUUCAGAGCACAUCUGGAUUAGCUGUUAUUCUUUUCAUUAAGACCAUGUUCCGACCAUCUGAAAAGCUUCCUGGAUUGAUCAGCAGCUUGCUUCUCCGGUCAGCUGAGUGCACUAGCAUCCCCGAGUGGCUCAUGAAUAGCUGUAGCAGCCUUUGUUGUAAUGAUGUGCCAGCCUCCACCAUCUUAUUCCUGUGUCAGGGAACACUUGCUAUGCUGGACUGGCGGGAUGGGCGCAUGGGCCCAAGCGGGGAGGCUUUGCUCUUGGAUACAGUGCAUGUUUUGUUCACCUUGAGUUCACAGAUUAAGGAGUCAACAUUAGAAAUGUUCCUGUCUAGAAUCUUGGCAUCUUGGACCAAUUCAGCCAUACAAAUCCUCGAAUCAAGUUCCUCAAGCUUAAAGGAUCAUCUGAAUGGGGAUUCAAGCAUACCUAGGAGACUUUUGGAAUAUGUCUAUACACACUGGGAACAUCCAUUAGAUGCUUUGAGACACCAAACCAAAAUCAUAUUCAGAAAUCUUUUGCAAAUGCACCGGCUCACUAUGGAAGGUGCAGAUUUAGUCACUGACCCCUUCUUUCUGGAGUUGACUAAGAAUCUUCUGCAGUUGGAAUGGCAUAUUAAAGGGAAGUACGCUUGCCUGGGCUGUUUGGUGGAGAGUCUUGGGAUUGAACAUAUUUUGGCAAUAGAUAAAACUAUUCCAUCUCAAAUUCUAGAGGUGAUGGGAGACCAGUCAUUGGUACCUUAUGCAAGUGACCUCUUGGAAACCAUGUUUAAAAACCAUAAGAGCCAUUUGAAGUCCCAAACUGUCACCAAUACCUGGAUGGACAAGUGGCAUGAGACUUGGGUUUUUCCUGUCCUUUCUGUACUGUGUGGAGGAAACUUGGAUCAGAGGUCUUACGUGAUUGAUUAUUACCUGCCCAGGUUAUUGAAUUACAGCCCCGAGAGCCUGCACUACAUGGUGCAGAUUCUUCAGGCAUCUGCUGAUACUGACGCUGGGUCUUGUAAUCACAGAGAAGCUCUGGGAGCUUUGAUGGCAUGUCUACGAACAGCUAGAGCUCAUGGACAUCUUCAGUCUGCAACUCAUACCUGGGAGAACCUUGUGUGUAGUGCAAGGGUAAAGCAAGGCUUAAUUCACCAACACUCCCAAGUGCGGAUAGAUACACUAGGCUUGCUUUGUGAAAGUAACCGGAGCACAGAAGUGGUCUCUACAGAAGAAAUGCAGUGGGUUCAGUUUUUUAUCACUUACAAUCUCAACAGCCAGUCUCCAGGAGUGCGGCAGCAGAUUUGCUCACUCCUUAAAAAGUUGUUUUGCAGGAUACAAGAAAGUUCUCAGGUACUUUAUAAAUUGGAACAAAGAAAAUCUACACCUGACUCAGAGAACCGGUCCGUCAGGGAGCAGCCUUCUGCCUCUUUACAGCAGUAUAAGAAUUUCAUGUCAUCUGUUUGCAACAUUCUCUUUGAAGCAUUGUUUCCUGGGUCUUCCUACUCAACUAGAUUCUCAGCUUUAACCAUUUUAGGAUCAGUAGCUGAAGUGUUUCCUGAUCCAGAAGGUGACAUCCAAACAGUGUAUCAGCUGAGUCAUGACCUUGACGCUGGCCGUCACCACACACUUCUGGAGUGUCUUACCAGUACUUUUGAGGAAGUGAAAACCUUAGCAUUUGAUCUUCUGAUGAAGCUGUCGUCAGGAAGAGCUGGGCAGUUCCAGGAUCCUGAGAAGCUGCAAGACCUGUACCAGGCAGCUCUGGAGCUCAGCACUAGCAUCAAACCUUACGACUGUGUGACAGCCUCCUACCUGCUAAACUUGCUGAUAUGGUACGAUGCUCUGCCAGCCUCACUGUCUGCCUCUUCAGUCCAGCGGCUCCCACGCGGAGCAGGAGAGAAGCCUGCUGUGGUGGAAAGGAACACAUUAGUGGUUAUUAAAUGCUUGAUGGAAAACCUUGAGGAUGAACUAUCUCAAGCUGAGAACUCUCUGCUUCAGGCUGCGUCUUCAUUUCCAAUGUAUGGGAGAAUCCACUGUAUAACAGGAGCUUUUCAGAGGUUGCCUCCAAAUGACCUGCGGCUGGCGAGCGAGUGGAGGCCAGUGCUGGGGAAGCUUCUGCUGCUGUCCUACAGGCUUUCCACUGUGGUGGCCCCUGUCAUCCAGAGCUCCUCUCCUGAAGGCCUCAUUCCUGUGGACACUGACUCAGAGUCGGCAAGCCGCUUACAAGUCAUUCUCAAUGAGAUUCAGCCACGGGAUACUAACGAUUACUUCAACCAAACCAAAAUACUGAAAGAAUGUGAUAGCUUCGAUUUGGAGGACUUGAGUACCAGUGUCUCAAAUAUUGAUAGUUCUGCAGAAAUUAAAGGUAAAGAAGAAAAAGCGUGUGAUGUCACCGCUCAGAUGGUCCUCGCGUGCUGCUGGAGGAGCAUGAAGGAAGUGGCUUUGCUUCUCGGCACGCUCUGCCAGCUUCUCCCUGUGCAGCCUGGGCCAGAGUCUUCUAAUGUGUUCUUAACAGUGCAGCAGGUUAAAGAAAUAGGAGAUUACUUUAAACAACACCUUUUGCAGUCCAGACACAGAGGAGCAUUUGAACUGGCUUAUACUGGUUUUGUGAAACUCACUGAAAUAUUAAACAGGUGCUCUAAUGUGAGUCUGCAAAAGCUGCCAGAACAGUGGCUGUGGAGUGUUUUGGAGGAAAUUAAAGGCAGUGAUCCCACAUCCAAGCUUUGUGCUACAAGGCGUAGUGCUGGGAUCCCCUUCUACAUCCAGGCACUGUUGGCAUCUGAACCAAAGAAGGGUAGAAUGGACUUGCUGAAAAUAACAAUGAGGGAGCUAAUCUCCUUGGCUUUGUCUGCAGAUGACUCAAAGGGCAGAGUUCCCCAGGUUCAUGCUUUAAAUAUUCUCAGAGCUUUGUUCAGAGAUGCACGUCUGGGAGACAGCAUUAUCCCCUAUGUUGCUGAUGGAGCUAAGGCUGCAAUUCUGGGCUUUACAUCACCUGUCUGGGCAGUGAGAAAUUCAUCCACACUUCUCUUUAGUUCCUUGAUCACAAGAGUUUUUGGAGUUAAGAGAGGAAAGGAUGAACUUUCCAAAACAAAUAGAAUGACAGGAAGAGAGUUUUUCUCUCGUUUCCCAGAACUGUACCCCUUUCUUCUCAAGCAGUUGGAAACUGUGGCCAAUACAGUAGACAGUGAACUGGGAGAGCCUGAUCGCCACCCUGGCAUGUUCCUCUUACUCCUGGUGUUGGAGAGACUGUACCCAUCGCCGAUGGACGGCACAUCGUCUGCACUCAGCUUGGCCCCUUUUGUUCCUUUCAUUAUCAGAUGUGGUCGCUCACCUAUUUACCGCUCCCGUGAAAUGGCAGCUCGUGCGUUGGUCCCCUUCAUUAUGGUAGACCAAAUACCGAGUACCCUCCAUGCUCUGCUGAACUCACUCCCCAACAGCACUGACCAGUGUUUCCGACAAAACCAUAUUCAUGGGACACUCCUGCAGGUUUUUCAUUUGUUACAAGCCUACAUUACAGACUCCAGCCACAGAGCAAAUGCACAUUUCCUGCAGGAGCUGAGUGACAUCACUGCUUGUACCAAAGCCAAAGUCUGGCUCGCCAUGAGGCAAAAUCCAUGCUUGGUGACCAGAGCUGUAUAUAUUGAUAUUCUCUUCCUGCUGACUGACUGCCUGGACAGGCCUGAGGAAGGCAAGCAGACAGAGAGUCUUGGCUUCUGGGAAGAUGUGAGAAGAAUUAUCCUGGAAUCAGAGCUGAUUACGGGGUUCCCCUGGACCUUCAAGGUGCCAGGCUUGCCCCAGUACCUGCAGAGCCUUACCAAACUAGCCAUCCCUGAAGUGUGGGCGUCACUGGCUGAAGCUGAAGGGCAGGCGACUGCUGUUCCUCUCUCCUUCUCUCGGCUUCUGAAGUCUUCCUUUCCUGAAGUGCGCUUGCUAACCCUAGACACCUUGCUGGAAAGGGCAAUGUCCUCUGAACAGGAACGGAAGGAGCCACUUCCUCUGCUAUACAGUAUGGGAGAAGAGUUCCUACUGCUGGCCAUGAAGGAAGACCACCCCGGAUGUUUCUGCAGGGUCCUAAAGAUUCUCUAUCACUUGAACCCCAGCGAAUGGCUUCCCCAGACAGAGUGCUAUACUCACCUCUCCCCAAAGGAGUUCCUGAUGUGGACUAUGGAUAUUGCUGCCUGUGACAGAUCUGAAAUCCAGGGAGUAUCUCUGAAGCUUGCCUCUAAAAUAAUUGCCUACCGCGUGCAGAGUUGUGAGAAGAACAAAGAUCCACUCGCCCCUGAGCUGAGGCAGUGGGUCCAGCUGGUUGUCUGGUCCUGUGGAGACCAUCUUCCUACUGCAUCUAGACUGGCUGUUGCUGAAGUCCUCACAAGUACCGCACCCCUGUUCCUCACCAGUCCCCAGCCCAUUCUCGAACUGCAGGACACACUGUCUCUCUGGAGGUGUGUGCUUACCCUCCUGCAGAGUGAGGAGCAGCCCAUCAGAGAGGCAGCCACAGAAAUCGUGACAACAACCAUGUCACAAGGGAACACUUGCCAGUCAACAGAAUUUGCCUUCUGCCAGGUGGAUGCCUCCAUUGCUCUGACCCUGGCCUUAGCUGUUCUGUGUGACUUGCUCCGGCAGUGGGACCAGCUGGAGCCAGGACUGCCUAUUCUACUGGGAUGGCUACUGGAAGAGGGUGAUGACCUCGAGGGGCAUGUGCAGAGCCCACAUCAGGGGGAAGAAGAACACAUAUUUGAAAAAUCAGAAGUCAACUUCUGGGCUGAGACUCUGACCUUCGUGAAAUACCUGAGUAGGCAACUCUUCCAUCUCCUCUGUCAAUCUGGCUGGCAGUCCCCUCGCUCCCAGAAGCUCUGUCACUUGCAAAAGAUAGCAUCAGAGCAGCGUCACCUCAUCUCUCAGCUCUUCAGAGAACUUCCACUCUCAGCUGAGUUUUUGAAGACAGUGGAAUACACGAAGCUGCGCAUUUGGGAGGAAAGGACUUUGGCUGUCCUGAGGCUGCUGGCCUGCCUGGAAGGAAAGGAGCUUCUCAGAGCCGAAGACUGCCCUAGGGAAUGGAGACAAGUAAUGGCCCCAAGAACAGAAGCGGCAUGCUGAGGAAAGGUGGCCGGGCCUCAGCUCAGGUCUGCAAGACGAAUGGCAGACACCAAUCGAAACUCUUUUCCUCUGGUGCCUCCCCACUUCUGGGAGUCCAGGCUUCUGUCCCUUCCUCCAGAGGACCUUGUCUGCAGCACACUCAUUCAAGGCAACCCAAUUAAUUGCAGCUACCGAGGAAGUGAGGCUGCUGUCUGCAGAUUCACUCUUGUCCAGGUGCAGGCCACCUGCAGGCCUGAAUUAGUCGGUGCCAUCCCAAAGCCAGAGCCCAUUUCCCCAUACACUGACUGCACUGAAUUCAGUGUUAGCAUACGUCUCUCUCUCACAAACACACACACACACACACACACAUACACACAGAGUGCUCUUUUGUUCGGUUUUGUUUAGCAAAUACCUAUUUGGUCAUAUUUCUAAACUUUUAUUCCAUUUUAGUAAAAGAUAUGUUCCAAGUGUUUGAUUCUGGGAACAUUAAGAAUCUACAACAUGCAGAUGCUUGUGUUUUAUUACCUACCUUUCCAAGUCCUUCAGUGGCCCAUAUUAAGAGUCCCCACUGUCUUACCCAGAAAUGCCUGCAAAGGCUAGGAACCCCUGUUGUCACCCACCACUGGCUUCAGCUAUUUGAUGGAACCUGAGGAAAAGUGAAGCCUGAGCAAAUGCUUAAUUCAUUCGGUGCCGCCACUGCUUACUGUCCUGGGAUUGGUGGAGACAGCAGAGCUAUUUAUACGUCAGAUGCCAAUAAACACAUUUACCCACUUCAGGUGAUUCCAUCUAGAAACGGUAAGGGUUUGUCACUUCAGGCCCAGCAUCCUCAAACACCAGCAGGUGGCGCUCUUGCACACAUUAUGCUGCUGGUCUAGCUCUUCAGCUUCCGCUCUUAAAACUUUAAAACUAUUAUCAGCACCUGUACAUGAUAGGAGGACACCCGUGCCCCAGCAUGGAUGUCUGAGGAAGUUGAGGGACAACUUUAUAGAGCAAGCUCUCUCCUCCCACCUCUGCAUGGGCUCCAGAGAUCCAACUCAGGCUCAGGCUUGCAGAGCAAACACCUUUAUCCACUGAGCUGCAUCGUAUGGCCCACUUACCACGUUACGUGUACUUCCAGAGUGUGACACCCACAGACACUUGCCUUCAAUUCACGGCGUGGAUUUGUUACUGUAGUGUGAUCCACAGUCCCAGUUAUCCACAAAGACCAUGCCAGCCGUAGCAGGAACUUGUAGGGCCUAUAGACACUUCUCAGCUAGUAGUCACUUAGAAUCGUGGAGAAAAGGGACUGCAUGGGCAGGCAGAGAGGCACUCCAUAUGCUAUCUCCUCCUGCAGAGACGCUGACAUUUCACAUGGAACUGGUCUCUGAGAAGAAAACCAUCCCACACCACAAAAACAGCUGUGCUGGAGUAGAGACCUGUACGCAGGGAGGGGGAGGGAACGGAACCCCCAGGUGGUCUUAGAAACGCCCUGGGGCCUGUGUGGCCCUGUGGUAAUUACCUAGUUAGGUGGCACAACCACUGCUGAUGAAAAAUUGAAAACCUAACAUUGUUUAGUUUGUUUUGGGUUUUGCUUUUAGUUUUCUGAGUCAGGCUUGCUAUUUACACCAGGCUGGCCUCAAACCUGUGUUAAUCCUCCUGCCUUUGCCUCCCGAUUCCAGGAGGCAGGAUUCCAGGCACACACCACUAUACCCAGCAUUACACUACUUUAAGAUCUAGCUGGUGAGAGGGGCUGGUGGUGAUAACCUCGGGAGAUUAAUUCUGACCAGGGCCCAACCUUCCCUCUCCCCUCUGAUCUAAAAUGAAAUAAAAGCAGUUAC